AUGAGUCCGUUUGAAGUUGUGUAUGGUCAUAAACUUAGGGCUCCUAUAGACCUCAUGCCCAUGUCAGCUUCGCAUAGAUCAUUUGCGUCUGCCAAUGAAUUUGCACACCACAUUCAUGACUUACAUGCCGAGAUUAUUCAAAGGAUUAACAAUAGCAAUGCCACAUAUGAAAGGGAUGCUGAUGUUCAUCGCAGAUUGAAGGAAUUUUCAGUUGGUGAUUUUGUUAUGGUUCAAAUUAAGCCAGAACGAUUUCCUCAGGGAAUUGCAAAGAAGCUGCAAGCUCGUAGCAUGGGACCUUUUAAAGUUUUGAAGCGAUUAGGCUCAAAUGCAUAUAUGUUGCAGCUUCCUCCUGAAAUGGGGAUCAUCCCAAUUUUUAAUAUUGAAGAUUUGGUGCCAUACAAGGAACCUGCCGCCUUUGACAAUACUUCUGCCGAGAAUUCAGAUCCAUUUUCUAUAUCUGAUUUUUCUUCCCUAACCCCACUCUUACCGCACCCUAGGCCUAAAGAAAAGGACAUUGUUGAAGAUAUUUUGGACGAUCAUAUUGUUUCUACUAGACAAGGUGGAUAUCAUAAAUUCCUAGUCAAGUGGAAGAAUAGACCAAAUUCAGAUAGUACUUGGAUUACACAAGAGGACCUACAACGCAUUGAUCCCGACAUUCUUGAGCGUUACUACAGUUUUAUCUCACCGGAGUCGAGCUCUCUUCAGCCCGGGGGAAUUGAUGCGGACAUCUAUGACAAACCUUUUAAGGUUUACAAAAGAAGGAAGAAGCGAUCAGCCAAUCCAAGAUUAUCAUUAUGGUCGGGGUGA